AUGUAUUGCUGUGGGCUGGGACACUGGCGGAGAGUGCAGUCCACAUAUGGAGAGCGUCAGGACUCAGACGUUGUCGAGGAAAGAAACGCCCAGGUGCAGCUGGAGAAGGCCAAGUUCAAGCCGGUUGCAUUUGCAGUGCGUUGCAACUUCUCCUACACACCAGCAGACGACGACAACGUCCCCGUGCCGGGCCAGGCCGUCACCUUUGAGGCCAGAGACUUCCUCCAUGUCAAAGAGAAGUUUAACAAUGAGUGGUGGAUCGGCCGGCCCGUGAAGGAGGAUAGUGUUGUGGGCUUCGUCCCCAGUCCUGUCAAUCUGGAAACCAUCCUCAUCAGAAGAGAAGUGCAGGCGAGAAAAGCUGCCAAGGCCCUAGCCAACAAAUCCACUCAAGUAGCUCAAGAUAUGAACGCAAAGAAAUAUACUCCUCCAUCCCAAGCCAAUCAGCAGGUGAAAAAGAAACCGGGGGAGCAGGUGUCUAUGUAUGACGUAGUGCCUACAAUGCGUCCUGUGGUUCUAAUGGGACCAUCACUGAAGGGCUUAGAUGUUACAGAUAUGAUGCAAAAAGCACUCUUUGACUUUUUAAAACAUCGAUUUGAAGGCAGAAUUACUAUUACACGGGUCACAGCAGACAUCUCUCUGGCUAAACGCUCCAUCCUCAACAACCCUGGGAAAAAGGCCUUGAUGGAUCGGUCGAACACUCGCUCACAUUUAGAUGCUGCCGCCCAGAUCCAGGGGGAGGUGGAGCGUAUCUUUGAGCUCGCCCGCAGCCUGCAGCUGGUGGUUCUAGAUGCAGACACAAUCAACCACCCCAUCCAGGUGUCCAAGACCUCCCUGGCACCGAUCCUCAUCUAUGUCAAGAUCUCCUCAGCCAAGGUGUUGACGAGACUGAUCAAGACCAGAGGGAAGUCACAGACCAAGCAUCUUAACGUUCAGAUGGUGGCAGCAGACAAGCUCGCCCAGUGCCCUCCGGAAAUGUUUGACGUCAUCAUAGAUGAGAACCAGCUAACUGACGCCUGUGAGCACGUUGCUGAUUAUCUGGAGUCGUACUGGAGAGCCACUCAUCCGCCAGAGAUGGAGCCUGCCAACUCACUAGUGGCCCAGCUAGCCGGGAAUACACUGCCCACCAGUCCUUCAGCAAUACCGGAUGGGCAAAAAAACAAGAAGUCCGCCGCCCCCAAGAGGAAGGGUACCCGGGAGAACCAUCUAGACCAGGAGCAACCGCCAGCCCCAGCCCAGGAGCAGAGGGCUGAGGAGGGCCAGAGAGAGGAGGAAGAGCAGCUCCUGAGGACUGAGCCAAAGAGACCCCAGCGUGCCCAUCACCAUCACCAUCACCACCACCGCCGGCUGGAGCAUCACAGCCACACCCAGCACAACCAAACAUCCGGCGGCAUGGAAGUGCGGUCGAGCAGGGAUUACAGACAGAGGCUUCCCCGCAUGCACCUGCCUGAGGAGAGGGAGGAGGAGGUGGAGGAUGUGGUAGGGGAGGACGAGGAGGAGACGCGCUAUAACCACCGAGGACAUAACCACCACCAUCAUAACAGCAACCACCACCAUCACCACCACCACCAACCACAACAACAGCAGCAGCAGCAGCAACAUCACCGUGGUAACAGCCAUGCACGGGUUGGGGAAAACUAUGAGCAGGAGCACAAUGAACGCAACCGCCAGCAUCGGCAUCACCAGCAUAAUCCACCACGGACACAGCACACAGAUCACUAUCCUGCAGCCAAUCACCACAACUACCACGGCAGAGACAGAGAAAGACACAAGGACAGGGAAAGAGACAGAGAUAGAGAUAGAGACCGAGACAGGGAUAGGGAUCGAGGUAGAGAUAGAGAUAGAGAUGCUCGACAAUGGCACAGAGAUUCCUAUAUACAAUAG